GGCUCGGCUCAAGGAACAGCUUCCGGGGGUGAAAGGUCAUUUCCUUUCACUAUUGAAGAUGGCGGAGAUCGCGCUGUAGUGUACCGGCUAGUGGUCGUAGAUCGUCGGGUACGAGGAAGCUGGAGACUCGGUAGACGGAGCUGUAGCUGGACUUUAUACACUUGCAGCCAUGGCUGCCAUUGGUCUGAAGAGAGAAGGUCCACAGUUCAUCAGUGAAGUCGCAGUGCGGGGGAAUGCUGCCGUCCUCGACUACUGCAGAACAUCGGUCUCUGCUCUCUCCGGAGCCACGGCUGGAAUUCUCGGCCUGACAGGCCUGUAUGGAUUCAUCUUUUACUUCCUCGCCUCCUUCCUCCUCUCCCUGCUGUUGGUGUUAAAGUCUGGACGCAGGUGGAACAAAUAUUUUAAAUCGAGGCGGCCGCUUUUUACCGGGGGGCUGAUCGGUGGCCUCUUCACGUACGUCCUGUUCUGGACCUUCCUAUACGGCAUGGUGCAUGUGUACUGAAGUCUGCGCGCUGGAGCUGACUUUCGGGAACACUCUCUCUUUUUAAUGGAAUUCACAGACUCGCACCCAAUAAUGCAUUCAGCCAGACCUUUACUUUUUAAAUGAAGCUCAGUUCCUCUUAGUAAAUUAUCAAAGUUAUGUAUGCUUUCCUCCAUUAAAACUAUUAGAGGCUUCCGAAGUCGCCCGUAUGUUGUCAGAUGAUUCGAUUCAAUGUUAAUUCACAGAAAAAUGAUUAUAGAGUCUAUGAAAUAUGCAGUAAUAUGUACAAUUGCUAAUAUAUCUAUCCUCACUGUAACAUUACUGUAACUCAUAUGAUCUGCGCACAGUAUGGACCUUUAUUACUUGGUAAAAUCUUCAGCUGCUACUUAUGUGACUUGAACGGCAUAUUGAAUCCUAGCUGUAUGCGCAGAUAUAAUAAAUAAAGUUAUAUUAAAAAAAAAAAAUAGGGGGA